CGCUUUAUAGCGCCGCCGGCCGCGCCGCCGCCGCACAGGCAACAGGUCGCCGGAGCGUCCCGGCCCCGUCCCGGCCCGUCCCGCCCGGCCCGGCCAUGCCGCUGCGGCUGGCGCUCUGCCUGCUCGCCCUCUGCAGCCCCGCCGCCGCGCACGGUGGGAUCUGCUGGCUGCAGCAGGGGAAGGAGGCCAAGUGCACCAUGAUCCUGAAGACAGGCGUGACGUGGGAGGAAUGCUGCGCCAACGGCAACGUGGACGUGGCCUGGUCGAACUACAGCUACCCAGGCAACAAAAUCAGCCUGCUGGGCUUCCUGGGGCUGGUCACCUGCCACCCCUGCAAAGAGAGCUGCGAGGGAGUGGUGUGCGGCCCCGACAAGGUUUGCAAGAUGAAGCACGGGCGGCCUCAGUGCGCCUGCGCCCCCGACUGCUCCAGCCUCCCCCGCAAGCUGCAGGUCUGCGGCUCUGACGGCUACACCUACCGCGACGAGUGCGACCUGCUGACGGCCAAGUGCAGAGACCACCCCGACCUCGAAGUGAUGUACCAGGGCAAGUGCAAAAAAUCCUGCUCCAGCGUGGUGUGUCCCGGCACCCACACCUGCGUGGUGGACCAGACGGGCAGCGCCCACUGCGUGAUGUGCCGCACAGCCCCCUGCCCCGAGCCCACCAGCCUGGACCACGCGCUCUGCGGCAACAACAACGUCACCUACCCCUCGGCGUGCCACCUCCGGCGGGCCACCUGCCACCGCGGCCGCUCCAUCGGCGUGCGCCACUACGGGAGCUGCUCGGCUGCAGCCAAAUUCUCCUCGGAGACGGACAACGCGGAAGAGAACUACGUGUGAAUCCUCCCGCGCCACGAGGCCGGAUCCAGGAGACAGGGGCAUUAUGUGUAUAUUGUACAAACCAUAUACCUGAUAUUUAUUAAGAUAAAAAGAUCCUUAUUUAUACCUGUGUAUGUUAUGCGGCUGCAGGGACUGAUGCUCGGUCCUGCCGGUCGGGGAGCAGGGGAGGGGGUGAGGCCGAGCCCCCCGGGGAUGCUCCGGUGCCAUACAGCCCUUCCUCACGGCCGGCACAGCGCCGAGGGGGUGUCCGUGCUGCUGCAUGGUGGGCCCCCCCACGUGUCCUUGGCCAGCAGCCCUGGGCCUAUUUAUUUUUGGAUUGGAUUCUUGGUACUCUGCUGAUGUUUCUGGCCAGGACCUCAUGGUCUAGAGGGAAUCUGUGCUUUCGCCUUCCCCGGGGGGCUCAGCCCCAGCUGCCAGCAGCAGGACAGGCAGCACGGCACUGCAGCGGAUUGGAGAGAGACAGAUAUAUAUUUUUAUAUAUAUAUAUAUAUAUAAAAAAUAUAUAUAUAUGUAUGUUAUUUUCUCCUAAAGUUUUAGCAUGUCUAUGUUAAAAUUGGAUUUUAGUUUAGGUUUUCCUGAGCCCGUUCAGACCAGGCUCCCACCCAUCUCUGGAGGUGCUGCCGGCACUCGGAGGGCUGGUGCUGGGUGGCCAUGGCAGCCCUGGCCAGGGGGCUCGACCGCCCGCUGUGGAGCUGCCGAGGGGCUGCGGGGAGUGUGGCGAGCAGCCCCAGGACCCCCGGGACCCCCGUCCCGCCUUCCCCUGGCCCGGCAGCCACAGCCCCCUCCUGUGCUCCCAGCUCUGUCGUCACUGUCUGUAUUUAUUUUUACUUCUUCUCUCAUUUUGUGUGUUGUCACCUGUGUAAAUACCAUCUCAUCUCUGACACCGAGAAGCUAUUGCCUUUAUAUAAAUAUCAUAUAUAUAUUAUAUAUAUAUAUAUAUAUAAAAAUACCCUAUUUUCUAUUUUUGUAUGAUUGCGUUCUGAUCCCUGAGGCAGACGCUAUGGGAACAUAUACAUUUCCUAUUCGGUAUUGUUAGGGGCAUUUUAUGGCUGUGUUACAAUUUGGAUUAUAAUUAAAAAAAGAAUAAACAGU